AUGCCACAGUGGUUUGCGUUACAGAUGGCUUGUCCCAUAUCGGGUUGUUCAAACUCUGCGAGAGGGUAAGUGGGGGCAACAUCGAAUGUUUUCCUAAAGAGUUUCUGAAGGCUCACUUCAAACUGUUUCGGUCUUCUUUGCUUUGUGUAGUUGAUCAGUUAAUGAACUCAAAAUAUGCUUUUCAUCAAGUCAUAUUUCAUUAGAGUGCGGAGAAAUAUUUUGAGAUACAUAAGUUGAGAAAAAGUGAUAGUAAUAUCGAUGUCGCUAUUGAGAAGACAUAAUCGAAUGCUCGGUCGGGUCUUCAAGAAAAAACAUCAACUGCAUGCAAGUUAUAAGCGCCAGGGGAAAAGUCAAGAGUUUAAUUCGAGAAAAAUGGUAAAAUUUUACUCGAAUGUUCAUGAAUCUUUAGAUGAAAAAAUAAAUCAUUUGAGAAUUACAAUCAAGUUUUAAUAGGGGCAAAAAAAAGCAGCAUAGAGUGACACUUCUUAGAAAACACAAAAAUAAGUGGAAAAUUUUGAUAGCCCUUUUAGUGGAUGAAAACCGAAAAAAAAAUACUACUGAUUGGGAAAAGCUAGGUGGUAAAAGGAGGUAAAAUGCUAAUAGUUUAUGUCGAGUAUAGAAAUAUAAGACAUAAUAUCCACUGGUUUUAUUGAUGAUGUCAUCUAUGCUUGAAGCCGGACAUCAUUUCCGGGAAACAAAACUAAACAAAAAAUUCGAAGCUGUUGUUUAGCUUUAUGUGGCGGUAUAUGUGACAAUGGUUUCAACUUUGAUUCUCUUUUCCAUUCAGAAAAGCUCUUAUCCUGGACUGGGUUUGCGCAGAAGACAAAACAACAAUGUUCAUAUGCGAGGAAGGAAGGCUUAGGUGUGGGUCGUAUCAACAUGAUGACAAAGUCGUCAACUGGAAGUUUGACUGUGGAGAUCGUUCAGGAGUUCAUAAAAACGUGCACUUUCUUUAUCCUGACUUUGAAGGUUUCAACUACGCCAUGUCAGCUGCAAUCGCCCAGCAACACGCAGGUGGAGCUGAGUGGGCCAUAAAACUGAUCCGAGAAUUACAAAAACAGUUUGGUAGGAGUUAA